AAAAGAGAGAGGAACACAAAAUACUAAUGUUGAUCAUAUUUGCUAUGGAAGCAAAAGCUUGUGAGACAUUCUAUCGAACACCUUGUGCUCACUUCUAAAAAAGAGGUUCAAAGUCAGCAGAAGGAAGGGAAAGGGAAAGCCAAGCGAGAGUGAGAUGGAGAAGAAGAAGAAAGCAAUGGAAAUCGAAGGGUACCCGAUCGAUGGAUUAUCGAUAGGAGGGCACGAGACGUGCAUCAUAUUCCCUUCUCUUCGGCUAGCUUUCGACAUCGGUCGUUGCCCACAUCGCGCAGUUUCUCAGGACUUCCUCUUCAUCUCUCACUCCCACAUGGAUCAUAUCGGUGGAUUACCAAUGUAUGUUGCGACUAGAGGCUUGUACAAAAUGAAGCCUCCAACAAUUAUAGUGCCCAAGUCCAUCAAAGAAUGCGUCGAGAGUUUGUUCGAAGUUCACAGGAGAUUAGAUUUUUCAGAGCUAAAGCACAAUCUUGUUGGCUUGGACAUUGGGGAGGAGUUUAUUAUAAGGAAAGAUCUCAAAGUGAAGGCCUUUAAGACAUACCAUGUCAUCCAAAGCCAGGGUUAUGUAGUUUAUUCAACUAAACAGAAACUCAAGGAGGAGUAUAUUGGCCUUUCUGGAAAUGAAAUUAAGAGCUUGAAGGCAUCAGGUGUUGAGAUAACAAACAGCAUAACGACUCCUGAAGUCGCUUUUACUGGAGACACAACGUCGGAUUUUGUAGCUGAUGAGAAUAAUGUUGAUGCUCUCAAGGCCAGAGUUCUCGUCAUGGAGAGCACAUUUCUUGAUGAUUCGGUAUCCAUAGAGCAUGCGAGAGAUUAUGGGCAUAUCCAUUUAUCUGAGAUCGUUAGACAUGCUGAAAAGUUUCAAAACAAAGCUAUCCUGCUGAUUCAUUUUUCGGCUCGGUAUACAGUGAAGGAAAUCGAAGAUGCGGUUUCUGCAUUGCCUCCACCUUUAGAGGGACGUGUGUUUGCUCUAACACAAGGAUUCUAGAAUCUAGACUGUAAACACUCUUGUAGCUUUUACAAACUUCGUUUUUGUUGUUGCCUAGAGGUCGUACUCUUGUUGUAUUUAAGAUUUCUAUCCCGAGAGACAUGUUUAUGUGGUUUGCAAAAGAACUAUAUAUAUAAACAAGUUUUGGUUUUACUAAAUUGCUUAGC